GUUGACGGUCCGGACCGUCGGUGUGCGGGUGGAUGUGAGCCGGUUUCGUUCUGGUGCUGUGGACCGGGAGAGCCGCUGUCUCUCCGCUCAAACCGUUUUUUAAUGACCGGAUUUGUGUUUUGCUGCGCGAUGUACAUGGACAGAAGCAGCCUCACGAGGGGUCCCGCCUCCUCCUCCAGUCCCAGCUUGCUGACUAAAAGUCUCUCUCUGGAUCCGACGUGCUCACCAUGUGAUCACCAGGGGGCGCUCGACGCUGACGUUCCCCAGCAGCCGAGUUCGGACCCUGGCCCAAGCUCUUCGGGCCCCUCUUCCCUGGAUGGUGGGCUUGAGACGUCGGGACAUCACAGCUCCCCUCACGAACUGCUGCUGGUCAACGAGACGGGGCCACCGGAACUCCCAGCUACCACCGUAACACCACCGAGCAAGAGCCGCCCGCCACUGCCGGGGCCCAAACCUCAGGUCCCACCAAAGCCUCCCCAUCUCCAGCAGCAAGCGGGAUUGUCCAGGCCACGCCCCCGGGCUCCAGAAAAACCCCUCCCACCUCCUCCUCCCUGCAGAACCCUGCCUGCAGAGUGUCGCGAGGGUUUCUGGACCAAGCCUUCCCGCAUCGAGGGGACCGCCUCCCCCACCUGUGUCCUGUCACUCAUCGAGAAAUUUGAACGCGAGCAGCUGAUUGUGGUUCCCGACAUCACCGGAGCAGCUCUGUGCCCCAGAGCCAUCGACCCCUCCUUGUCCUCGUCCCGACCUUCAUCACCAUCAUCGUCGUCGUCAUCAUCAUCACCUGCACCUCCCCCGUCUGAUGACGAGACUCUCUCUGAGGUCAAAGGUCAGGAGUGUGAGGAUGUCACCCUCGGAGGUGAGGCUGAAGAAGAUGAAACAGAAGGUGGCGUGGACGAUGACGACGAUGAAGACGAUGAAGAGGUGGCAGCGGCGUGUCAGGAGGACGUUCAGCAAAAGCGUCUGUCCAUGGAGUCGGGCUACAGCGCCUCAGAGAAACAUCUGGAGGAUGAUGUGGUUGCCGUGGAGUUGAGGGAGCAGCAACAGCAGUCGUCGCUGCUCAGCAGCCAAUCAGAACUCCAUUCAGAGCGUCUGUCCCUUCCUUCCUCACAGACGGACGGCAAGCUGGCCAAUCGGGACAGUGGGAUUGACAGCAUCAGCUCGCCGUCGCACAGCGAAGAGCUCUGCUUUGUUGGCAUUGACGAUGGAGGAGUGGCUUACCCUUGUAGCCCCGCCCUUUUGCCCCGCCUUUCCAGCUCCUCCUCCUAUGCUGGGGAGGGAGAAGUCGAAGAGGGGGAGGCGCAGGGCCAAGCAAGGAGGAGGAGGGAGUUUUCUGAGGAGGGAGACAGUGACUUAGAGGAGGAGGAAGAGGUGGAGUUAACGCUGGUGCUGCCGCCUGCCAACGCAGACAGACAGGACUGUACUGAGCUGUCUGUCCAGCAGAGGGUUUUUAACAUAGCCAAUGAGCUGCUGCACACAGAGAUCGGCUACGUCUCUAAGCUCCACCUCCUGGACCAGGUUUUUUGUGCCAGACUCCUGGAGGAGGCUCGUUCUCGCUCCUCCUUCCCCUGUGAUGUGGUUCAGGGAAUCUUCUCCAACAUUUGCUCCAUCUAUUGCUUCCACCAGCAGUUCCUCCUGCCGGCGCUGCAGAAACGCAUGGAGGAGUGGGAAUCAAACCCGCGGAUCGGGGACAUCCUGCAGAAACUGGCUCCUUUCCUGAAAAUGUAUGGUGAGUACGUGAAGAACUUCGACCACGCCAUGGAGCUGGUUACCACCUGGAUGGAGCGAUCGGCACCGUUUAAGAGCAUCAUCCAGGAGAUCCAGCGGGAGGAGCGGUGUGGGAACCUGACGCUGCAGCACCACAUGCUGGAACCGGUGCAGAGGAUUCCUCGCUAUGAGCUGCUGCUUAAAGAUUAUCUGCACCGUUUGCCGGACGACGCGCCGGACUACAGGGACGCACAGAAGUCUCUGGAGCUCAUAGCUACGGCGGCGGAACACUCCAACGCCGCCAUCAGGAAAAUGGAGAGAAUGAGAAAGUUGCUGAAGGUGUACGAGUUGUUGGGAGGAGAAGAAGACAUUGUUAACCCAACUAAUGAGCUAAUUAAGGAAGGAAACAUCCUCAAACUCUCCAAUAAAAAUGGCACCACACAGGACCGAUACCUCAUCCUGUUCAACGACAGGCUGCUGUACUGUGUCCCAAAGCUGCGUCUGAUCGGUCAGAAGUUUGGGGUCAGAGCUCGCAUUGAUGUGGACGGGAUGGAGCUGAAGGAGACGAGCAGCGUCGCCGUUCCCCGAACAUUCCUGGUGUCAGGAAAACAGCGUUCCCUGGAGCUGCAGGCAAGGACUGAGGAAGAGAAGAAAGACUGGAUACAGGCCAUCCAGGCGACCAUCCAGAGACACGAGCAGACGAUGGAGAGCUUCAGAUAUCUGAACUGUUCGCUCCGAGAUGAUGAGUCCACACCGCCUCACUCCCCGAGCUGCGUGGAGCUGGGCAAACGAGCGCCCACGCCCAUCAGAGAGAAGGAAGUGACUCUGUGCAUGAAGUGUCAGGAACCGUUCAACUCCAUCACCAAGAGGCGGCACCACUGCAAAGCCUGCGGACACGUGGUUUGUGGGAAAUGUUCAGAGUUUCGUGCUCGUCUGUCAUAUGACAACAAUCGGACCAAUCGGGUUUGUAUCGACUGCUACGCCGCGCUGGUGGGAGUGUCUCCGUCUUCCGCCCUGUUGACCAGCAGCAGCCAGAGGAGACGCUCCAUCCUGGAGAAACAGGCCUCCUUGGCAGCGGAGAACAGCGUGAUUUGUAGUUUUCUUCACCACAUGGAGAAAGGAGGGGGGCGGGGCUGGCAGAAGGCCUGGUUUGUCAUCCCGGAAAACGAGCCGCUGGUUCUGUACGUCUACGGAGCUCCGCAGGAUGUGAAAGCACAGCGCAGUGUGCCGCUGAUCGGCUUUGAGGUUUCACUUCCUGAGACGUGCGACCGCCUGGAGCGACGCCACGCCUUCAAAAUCUCCCAAAGCCACCUGACGCUCUACUUCAGCGCAGAUGGGGAGGAGCUACAGCGCCGCUGGAUGGAGGUUCUGUCACGGGCAGGGAGGGGGGAGGAGCUCCAGUCCCACCGGCCUAUAGUGGAGAGCCUGUUGGAGGAGGGGGAGGAGCUAGCGGCUGUUGCAGAGGGGGACGACACAUGAUUCUGAUGGUGGUGUUUUUAAAUGUUGAAAGCUCCUUAUUGGACCGUAACAAAAACAAACGCAGUCACUGACGUAAACAGGUCGACACGCGUGCACACACACACACACACACACACAGUGUGGUUACAGUUUUUUGUUCCCUGCAUGAUUUCUCGCAGACAUAAAACACGACACGUCUUUUAACGAUUUCCCGCCUGAAAGGUCCGGUUUCAGACCCGGUUCUCUUCAGUGUUUUUGAAACAAAGGUGCUAUAAAGUCAACCAGAUAAUGUUUACGGGAAUUUGCAGU